AUUUUCCUUCCCCAACACUAUCCAACUCACACGACGGGUAACGUCUUCUAAAACAUAGAAUAUGUACCGGGUUUUCGGAGGGAUUCUUACCCGGGGAGCGGGAAGCAGCAGCGCCGCCGCUGCUGCCGUUGGAGCCGUUGGUGCCGCUGCCGUUGACGCUGCUCUCCCAGCGGCAGCGUCCGCGUCUCUGUCUCUUCGGUACCGCGGCUACAGCCAAGCCGUGGACCGGCACGAUGACCCGAACUUCUUCACCAUGGUGGAGGGCUUCUUCGACCGGGGCGCCGCUAUCGUGGAGGACAAGCUGGUGGAGGGACUGAAGACCCGAGAGAGCCCCGAGCAGAGGCAGAAACGCGUCCGCGGAAUCCUGCGCAUCAUAAAGCCGUGUAACCACGUUCUGAGCGUCAGCUUCCCCAUAAAGAAGGACAACGGAGAGUGGGAGGUGAUAGAGGGCUACCGGGCUCAGCACAGCCAGCACCGGACGCCCUGCAAGGGAGGGAUCCGUUACAGCACUGAUGUGUCUGUGGACGAGGUGAAAGCUCUGGCCUCGCUGAUGACCUACAAGUGUGCUGUGGUCGAUGUGCCGUUUGGUGGAGCCAAAGCCGGAGUGAAGAUCAACCCGAAGAAUUACUCUGACAACGAGCUGGAGAAGAUCACCCGGAGGUUCACCGUCGAGCUCGCCAAGAAGGGCUUCAUCGGUCCAGGUAUUGAUGUUCCUGCCCCCGACAUGAGCACCGGUGAGAGGGAGAUGUCGUGGAUCGCUGACACCUUCGCCACCACCAUGGGCCACUACGACAUCAACGCGUACGCCUGCGUCACGGGGAAGCCCAUCAGUCAGGGAGGAAUCCACGGGCGGAUCUCCGCCACCGGCCGAGGAGUUUUCCACGGCAUCGAGAACUUCAUCAACGAGACGGCCUACACGAGCCAGCUGGGCCUGAGUCCCGGCUUCAACGACAAGACCUUCGUGGUCCAGGGUUUCGGUAACGUGGGUCUCCACUCGAUGCGUUACCUUCAUCGCAACGGAGCGAAGUGCGUUGGGAUCGGAGAAAUGGACGGAAGCAUCUGGAACCCCAACGGCAUCGACCCCAAAGAGCUGGAGGACUACAAACUGGAGAACGGGACCAUUGUGGGUUUCCCGAACGCGAAGCCGUACGAAGGAAGCAUCCUGGAGGCCGACUGUGACAUCCUGAUCCCCGCCGCUAGCGAGAAGCAGCUGACCAAGAGCAACGCUCACAAGAUCAAGGCCAAGAUCAUCGCUGAGGGAGCCAACGGUCCGACCACGCCGGACGCCGACCGCAUCUUCCUGGAGAGAAACAUCAUGGUGAUCCCGGACAUGUACCUAAACGCCGGCGGUGUGACCGUUUCCUACUUUGAGUGGCUGAAGAAUCUGAAUCACGUCAGUUACGGUCGACUCACCUUCAAGUACGAACGGGACUCAAACUACCACCUGCUCAUGUCGGUCCAGGAGAGUCUAGAGAGGAAGUUUGGGAAACAUGGCGGCUCCAUCCCCAUCGUCCCCACCUCUGAGUUCCAGGCCAGAGUCGCUGGAGCGUCAGAGAAAGAUAUAGUUCACUCAGGUCUGGCCUUCACCAUGGAGCGCUCUGCUAGGCAAAUCAUGCGGACGGCCAACAAGUAUGACCUGGGUCUGGAUCUGCGGACGGCCGCGUACGUCAACGCCAUCGAGAAGGUCUUCAACGUUUACAACGAGGCCGGCCUCACCUUCACAUAGAGACCGUCUGUCUGUCUGUCUGUCUGUCUGUCUGUCUGUCUGCCUGUCUGUCUGUCUGUCUGACUGACUGUCUGUCUGUCUGUCUGUCUGGCAUUUCUUUG